AUGCAGCACCUCAAGAAGCGGUAUUCCGACCUUCUUAGCUCCCCAACACGCCAGAGGCUCUCCAACGUUUCCUCAGUCGUCACAGAGGCAUCUCUUCUAGCCUCAAACCUCCAAAGGCAUAACAGUGACCGCCUACAGAGGAUCGAGAAGAUGAGCGCUCGGCCCAAAAGGGGGAAGACCGUCACGACCCAGGCGGGCGCCCACCUUCUAUACCAGCGUCAGCCUCAACGAGAGCUUAUGAUGCUUCAUAAGAUGAUCCGCCAAGAGAAGGAGCAGCUGCUUGCUGAAUAUCGCGAGAAUAAGUUCCAGGUCAUUGACAGGAAGCGAAAAAGGCUCACGAUUAAACAGUGGCUCGACCAUAAAGGGAAGAACGAGGAAUUCCUUAGCCUUGAGACCAGCGACGAGACCUCCAGGCGACUCCUCAAGCGGCCUGACCCGUUUACCAUCGAUAUAACGAGAACACCCGUUGUUCGCUCGGCUGCGGAACAAGAAGACGCUGACGAGGCGUGUGCAACGGCGAGGCCGUUGCGGAAUAUGCGCUGGCCUCACCUCCAGCCAGAGCGCGAGGUCCCGAUCUUCACUUCUACACAAGCAGCAGCAGCUGCUGCGGCCGCAGAAGCGAUCGAUCCCGCCCUCAUCGAGGAGGCGUACGACUAUGAUAUGGAGUUUGAGCGGGCGUGCAAUGAUGAGGUUGAGCGGGCGUUGCGAUCAUCGUCGCCGCCUCAGGGGCCCACGCCGGGGUCAUCGCCACCAAUGACCCCAAGGCAGAGGUCAUCGCCGCCGUUGGGCUCAUCGCCGAUGAUAAUCCCAAGGCAGGAGACCCUAAGGCGGGGGACCCUCCCAAGGCAGAGCCCAAGGAGCCCAAGCAUAAGGCAGCCGAAGUGGAAGGUUAUUGAGCAGAUGAUCAAGGACUUCCGGGCUUCUCAAGCGUCCAAUUCGGCUCAAGAAGACACUGAAAACGUAUAG